GGCGAUACUUAAGACCUACAGUAGUGUCCCCGGAAGGCUGCGGAAGAAUCGCCAAGCCUAGCAACCAUUUGUUGAACCAUUUCAAGGUCUAUUUAAGACUUCGGCUCGCUUCAUUAGUUUGGCUCUAUGAUGCGAUUAUGAAGUCAGGAGUGCGAAAUUACAAACGCCGACCUGGCGCUUGCGAGGUAUGCAAGAACCGCAAACUAAAAUCCUACAUCAGGUCUCUAACUUACCUACCGGCCAACGGCAGUACCUGCAAUUAUCCCCCCAGGAAGAAACGUGGAAGGCCCAAUAAGUAUGGAUAUAGCCUAUUGGAAGCUGCGGCUUAUGAGCAAACCAAAUCUCAAGGUCGAGAUUCAACAUCAAUCGCUGCGGGAUCUUCAACGGCCUAUGAAGAUCCGAGGAUGCCGUCUAGCCAAGCAGAAAGCCAGAGGAGCGACCAGGAAGUGAUUUGGCCAUCCCCUAUUACGUUUGAGCUGGACGCAUUAACGAGCUCUAAUUCCGCAGGGUCGCUUCAAUUUGACAGCUUUGGUAUUCCUGACUCGCUGCUGCACGAGGAUAGCCAAGAGGGCAACACGCUUGAUCUCUAUGAUGCCUCUGAGGUCAUGUUCGAAAAUGUGAGCAUAACGCCAUUCUCCGUUAUUCCGUCCGAACUUCGCAGUAUACAGGACAAGUCAGAAUUACACCGUCGAGUUACAGAACUCUACCAGGACUUCGAUGUGGUCGACUUUUCUGGAGCAACAAUCAUAUCACGUAUCAACACCUUUAACUCGGCGCAAGAUCUAACGUUUGAGCCAAUGGAGAAAGGCAUCCAAGACGUCAUUUCUCAAAUCAACUUCAUAUCCAGCAACUGUCGCAUGAAUGACGCAAGAAAGGAGCAUGAAGAUCGCUCAAGUCUACUUCAAUCAUGUCUUAUGACCUUUCUCAAACAUGCAUACAUGGGAGCAAAAUUCGUCGAUCGAGACACUCUCUUUCGUCUAUUCGAUGAUGUAGUAAUUAGCAAAACAGACGAUGCCGCCUCUAUUGCCUUGGUGUAUGCAGCAAUUGCAAACGGAGCCAAACAAGAACGUGUGCGGGACUCAAACAAGAGCACCGAUCCAACGCUUGCUCCACGGUAUUUCGACAUGGCUAUAAAAAUGUUCGAGCAGCAGUUAGGAGGAAAGUAUUCGAUCACUACAUUCAAGGCUGCCCUUACUCUACUCAUCUAUGCAGUACAGUGGGCUCCGGAAGAGGUUCCAAGAUAUUUGACAGAGUGUACAGCCCAUGCCCAGGCUCUCCGACUGAACAGUCGGCGCGCACUUAGCGUACUGUGCCGAGAUUCCCAACAAGAAAUGGGGCUCACACAAGGCUUCUGGCUCCUUUACAUAAUUGAAAAGCGCCAUAGUAUGUGGACGGGCCAAUUCUCGAUACUCCCUGAAAGUCACAUCGACCACAUUCUUCCCAGCCAGGACAAUUCCUCAGGUAUUCAGAACAUCGAUAUGAUCACACAAUGUCUCUUUGCACGCCUGUCCUCGCACGCAAUGCAGAAACUGCAUGGCAGGGAGGCGCGCAAUACACUAAAAACGGGUGAAAUAGACGAAUGCGUGCGGCUCGUUCGGGCCUGGAAAGCCUCGACCAUUACAGAAUGUCACAUUACUGCACUCGGCAAGCUCUCAACGAGCAUUCAGUCGUUUGAGUUGCUGCUUUGCAUCUACGCACAAGAGCUACUGCAGCCCGCUCAUGCCACUCGGUUUGAGAAUGCGCUGUUCUCCAUUCUCAACGAGGCGCAGGACGUUUUGAGACUGCUAAAUGAUAUCGACAACGUUGCCAUGGCGGCUAACUGGGACAUUGUAAGAACGACCAUAUUAGCAUUCUGCACUUCGGCCAGUCUAUUGAGAAUGGUGCCAGACCGAUCAAAUCUCCUUCGAUACAUGGGCUCCGCACUUGGUUAUUUUGCUCGGGUGCCUUUAACUGCUAGCAUUCCAUUUGAAAAGUUCCAUCGCGUUAUGGCUGAGGCCUUUCAGCUAAGCAGUGAAUUAAGGGAGGAGACGGGAUGUAACACGGGUUCUAUAAUUUACCAAAGGUAGCUAGUCUUAGGUUAACGUACCUACCCGUGUCCGUGCGCGCAACGCCCGGAGUCGCGCAACGCCCGAUCACCAUAAACAGCACCCACACUUCAACGCGUAAUUACUCAACAGCCAUGGCACCUAUUAAUAAUGCGCUUACAGCAAUCGAAGCGCUAGACCCAGGAGAGAAACUUGUGUAUCAGGAAAUUGCCAAUCAACAUGGCGUUGAUCGCUCAACUUUGGCGCGGAGACACAA